AUGGAUUCAAGGCUUUCCUUGCCUCCAGUUUCUGCCUCUGCUGUAUGCACAACUUUACUGAGGAGUCGAUUUCGAGGGGGGCUGCGUCGGCUCUCUGCCUCUGCUUGGGAAAAGAAGUUCGAGCAGCAGCGACAGCUAUGGAUCCUUCUGGGUGAAGAUCUGCAGGAUGACGGCGUGCGGUGUGACGUAUGCGCUAACGCUGACACCACGGCUGAUGACGCCAUCGUGUUGUGCGAUGGCUGUGAUGUGGCAGUCCAUCAAAGCUGCUACCUAAUAAGCGAAGUGCCGGAAGGCGAGUGGUAUUGUGAAUACUGCGCUGCCAAGAGGCGCGCAGACGACCACAUGAAGAGGCUUAAAGCCGUUCAACAAAACAAAGACCUUACCGUGGAGCAGAAAGAAGCGGAGCUCACGGCGUUAGUCGCGAAGGCAGAAAGCAGCGGCACGGAUAUUCCUUGCCUUUCGCGGCGAUGCGUCUUAUGUCCACGGAGAGGGGGCGCCUUAAUACGCACAACUGAGGGCUUAUGGGCACACGUCAGUUGCGGCCUGUGGAUUCCUGAAUGUUGGGUAGUUGGCUGUCGGUCCGUUUGCGGCGUCCCUUUGAUAUGCGCAUCGCGUUUCUCAGUCCCCUGCUGUAUUUGCGGUUUGAGAGGAGGUGCCUCGAUUCAGUGCGCAUAUGAGAAGUGCGUGACUUCCUUUCAUGCGGCGUGCGCCGUUAUGGCGGGCUUCGGGAUGAACAUAACAGAUCAAAUCAAUAUUCAAAGGAAGAAUAAUGAUGUGACAUUUCAUCCGUUUUGUUUGCGUCACCGGCUUUGUUCGCACACUCGUAGCGUUGCUACCGACGUCCCCCUGGAGUUUCGACGAUCCUCCCCUGACUUCAGCAGUGCCGCAUACCAAUGCGCGAUGCUCGUUCGUCGCAACAGAGACAUCAUCCUCUAUACAUCUCAACUGCAGCAAGAGGAUAGCUUUUGGGCGGCACGCGUUUCUGCGUAUCUCCUCAAAGAACUACACGACAACAUCCGCUGCCUGAGAACUCUCUGGAGUGCGCUGGAAGGGCCACCGACAAGGCGCCUCCACACCAAAGGUGUCGCCUUGCCCGCUGGCUGCGGAGCCUCGGAGAGCGCCUCGUCAACUGGUAAUUCAGAGAGAAAGGCAGAAAAAAGAAAACAAUAUGGAAUAGCAAAGCAAAAACCAAACAAAAGGCCAAGCACAAAAUAG